AUGGAGAUGAAAAACCGUGCAUCAUACGACGAGGUGUUUUCACAUAUCUGGGGUACUUCUGGUGGCUGGGCAGCAGUCACAUCCCCAUGUGCUGUGGUGUAUGCCCUAAAAGCCCAAGGGACUUCAUCGACCUCAAUGAAACACUUCCCCAACAUCACACUUUAUGACUUUGCACGAGGGUUGGCAACACAUGCCAAUACUAGGCAGCCAGAAAUAUUCAGACCACACGAUGGACGGCUGCUGGAGCCCACCCUGUCAAAUAUUUCUCUUGCCAGUUCAGGGCAAGUCAAAGCCAAUUUGCCGUGGCUAGCCCAGAAAAAGGAGGUUCCUGAUGUUAAUGGCCACCCUAUCACCGGGUCAUCAGGGCGUUAUGCUCUGUAUAACCGGUUUGAUGAAGCCAAUACUAAAGAUGCCAGAGAUGCAUUGCAAAGGGUCGAUCUCGCCCCAGAAUUAUGCAGCUGGCUGAAAAGUCAAUGUGCCGAACAGCUGUUUUCGGGGAUGAAAAAGAAUAAUUGUCUUUUAGAUAUGAUGACUCCCUCCUCUCACAUGUUUUUGGUGAGGAAUAUAUUACAUCACUACAACACAGCAGACAAUUCAGCAACCAUAGAACAUACGAAAAAGAUGCUUGGUGUGGGAGUUGACAUCAAAUUUAAUUCUUAUGGACAGACAGUGCUGGGUAUGUAG